UGAAUGUUUCUGUCACGCUGAGCCAAAUGUUUACAAAACAUGUAGUAAAACCAAUACCCUAACUACCCAACGCAAUUCAAAUGAUUCGAGGCCUACUACUACUGCUGCCUCUGGGCUGGGAGUAUAGCGUUAAAGAUCAGCAAAACAAAACAAAAAUCCUGGGUAUGGCUAAAUAUACAGCUUUUAGAUAGCAUAAUAAAGAUAUUGAGUGAUCAGAUGUGUCUCGAACCUAACAGUACAUAUUGUCGGUUUUUCCCUUUAACGGAGUACUCAUGAUUGCCUUUGGCAUGGUACUAAAAGAUCUUCCAACAAAAUUUUUAUUACCAUCCACAGCUCUCGUUCAGUUUCCGUCUGCCAUAGUCCCGAUCAUACUUAUUUUCAGUGUCAAAAUUAACGUGUUGAUGGUGUAUUCCAUACUUGCUGUUGACUUUUGGCUUCCACAGCGGCAGAGAAGUUGCUGUCUGAACGGUUCCAAUAAACGUGCCCGAUACAACAAUAUGAUACAUAAUCUUGUUGUCCUUGUCUAUUUAUCUGCUGCAUCAAUCAGGGUAAAUUCGACCAUAGUUCGAUUGUUUCUCAUUAUAAUAAGUCGGUAGCGUAAUUUAAUAAAAACAAAAGACAAGUUGUUUGUAGACU